AUGUUCCGAAAGACAAAUAAGCAGUUCGAACUCAGGGUAGUAAAUAUCCUCGCGCACUCUUCGGAAAAGAUGCGCCUUGGCCCGAUCCUGGCCACGUCGCAGCCCGUUCCAACUGGGCGAUCAGCACAGCCGAUAUACGACGAUUUACGGCAAACGCACCCACCCCUGGGCCCUGGCCCGCCGCCAAACCGCAAACCUGUCCGCCAGAUCUGCGUCACUCAGAUUCCCACAUGCCUCGCCCACCGGCUCAGGGCCCCAGGGUCAGUUAGCGCUUCAACAUCACAGACUUCUAAGUACCUUAUUAUUAAAGAAAGUUAA